AUGGGUGAUAUGAAUGGACAAGUAGUAGCUGGUGGCAAUGGCCAAGGAAAUCGAUUGGAUCAAUUGCAUGGUCCAACCGAUGUGUUGAUCGACAAAGAGACGGAUAGUCUCAUUAUUUGUGAUCGAGGAAAUGGACGAGUCGUACGAUGGUCUUAUCGUAGUGGCACAACUCAAGGAGAAAUCCUCAUCGGCAACAUCGCUUGUGUAGGAUUGGCCAUGGAUGAUCAGAGAUAUCUCUACAUCUCUGACACUGACAAACAUGAAGUAAGACGAUAUCAAAUAGGAGACAAGAAUGGAACUAUCGUGGCUGGUGGCAAUGGCAAAGGUGCUGGUCUCAAUCAACUCGACGUUCCGAUCUACAUCUUUGUCGAUCAACAACAGUCUGUCUACGUGUCAGAUUGGAAUAAUCAUCGUGUGAUGAAAUGGAAUAAAGGUGCAAAAGAAGGAAUUGUCGUCGCUGGGGGUCAAGGCAAAGGAAAUACUCUGAUACAAUUGUCGUAUCCUAGUGGACUGUUCGUCGAUACAUUGGGUACCAUCUAUGUCGGAGAUUCGGUGAAUAAUCGAGUUAUGUGUUGGCCUAAAGGAACGAAACAAGGCGCUAUUAUUGUGGGUAAAAAUAGUGAAGAAGCAGAAGCGAAUCAGCUCAACUAUCCAAUAGGUUUGUCCUGCGAUCGACAUGGCAAUCUCUAUGUCAUCGAUUAUAACAAUCAUCGUGUUCAACGAUUUUCUGUUGAAUAA